CGAAUGGUGUAGACUUUUUUUUCUUUGGCAAUAAGUAAGCAAAUUCUACGGCUGUCCUGUGCGUCACUGUCAACGAAUAGUUCAGCAGUCGGGGAACGCGCCUGAGUGCUUGGGCCGGUUGAGUUGUGAAUACAAAACUCGGGACCAUCCCCGCGGCCAGAGUCGAUCUCGAGACUCGGCCACUGCGCAAACCGCGAAUCUCCAUCACACAAUAUAGCUCAGCAUGUCUUCCUCAAAACAACCGCAGGAUGAGCCGGACUCGGAGCCCGAGAUGCUAGCGGCUGAGGAUGCGCUCGAGGAGAUCCCCGACGACGCAGACGGCGACAUCCCCAUGGACAGCGACGACGAGGACGGCGAGGAGAUCAACCUGUCCAACGACGGCAUCGCCUACUUUGAGCACCACAAGGAUUCGGUCUUCACUAUUGCCCAACACCCCACCCGCCCGACCCUGAUCGCCACGGGCGGCUCCGAGGGCGACACCGACGAUGCGCCCGGCAAGGGCUACGUCUUCGACACGGCCGGCGUGCCGCCGCGCCCGCUGCUACCCGAGAACUACAGCGGCGCGCCCCCGGCGGCCCCGACGGCGCUCGACCCGCUCUUCCACAUCGACGGCCACACCGACAGCAUCAACGCCCUAGCCUUCACCAACCCGGCCGGCGAGUACCUACUGAGCGGCGGGCUGGACGGCCGCCUGCGAGCCUACGCCGUCUCGGCCGGCGACAAGGCGGCAGCCCCGCAGAUACGGUUCCUCGAGGAGGCGCAGGAGGUGCCCGAGGUGAACUGGGUGCAGGCCUGCCCCAACGGCGCCGCGCACCCCAACGUCGUCGCCCUCGGCGCCAGCGACGGCUCCGUCUGGGUCUACCAGGUCGACGCCUCGGCCGCGCCGGCGCUGCAGAUCUUGCAGUCCUACUUCCUGCACCAGGCCCCCUGCUCCGCCGGCGCCUGGACCCCCGACGGCGAGAUGCUGGCCACCGUGUCCGAGGAGGGCAGCCUGUUCGUCUGGGACGUCUUCGGCUCCGCCGCCGCCGCCGGCGUCCGGUCCGACAAUGGCAUGUCCGUCCUGGCCCUCGACGGCUCCGACGCGCGCUUUGAGGUCGAGGGCGGCCUGUACAGCGUCGCCUGCGCCCCCACGGGCGCCUUCCUCGCCGUGGGCGGCGCCGGCGGCGCCAUCAAGGUGGUCGCGCUGCCCAGGUUCGGCGCCUCGGCCGCGGCUAGUUCGAGUGGCGGCGGCUCGCGCGCCGGUGGUGGCCGUCGCGGGGGUGGAGGUGCGGCUGCCGGUUCGGACCAACAGGGCGGCCAGAUACUGGCGAGCCUGCACGCGCAGGGCGACGGUGUCGAGACGCUGAGCUUCUCGCCGCCCGGCCCGGCGGGGACGCUGCUGGCGGCCGGGUCCGUCGACGGCUCCAUCGCCCUCUACGACGCCCAGCGCUCGUUCCAGGUGCGGAGGCUCGUGGGCGGCGCCCACGGCGACUUCAGCGUCGUCAAGGUCGAGUUCGUCAGGGGCAGCCCGCACCUGCUGACGUCGUGCGGCAUGGACGGCGUCGUGAGGCGCUGGGACGUCAGGGGCACCACGGCUGGCGCCGGCGCCGGCGGCCAGCAGCAGCAGCAGCAGGCCGGCCAGGGCGCUAGCGCCUCCGCGGCGGCCGCGGGCCUCAUCAAGGAGUGGAGGGGGCACAGGGGCGACGGCGAGGGUGGGGGCGUGCUUGGGUUUGUGCAAGGAGAGACGGGCGAGCGGGUUGUCACUGCUGGCGACGAUGGUGUCGUCCUUGUGUUUGAGGCAUAGUGUUCCUAGCCUGCGCCUGGCGGCCCGGCAUAUGUCCAGGUGCUCUCGAGGGGCCUCUGAUGGCUGUAGAUACCAUUUUCCUUGAUUCUCGCGUGCAAUCAGAGUCGCGACGCAAAAAAAAAAAAAAAGUUAUUGCAUACCCAACAAUCCACAUUACACUUGCCGGGUCUUGUAUUGACGGUUACCACUAUCGCACACUUAUACUGACUGAUCGAAGAACGAGACUGGUAACUUUGGAACAUCAUGACCUACCCCUAGCUGCAUACUGUAUAUGUAACCCUUAUAGCCACCAGGCAGCUAU